CUGAAAUAGAUUAAAUUGAAAAGUCUAGGAAAAUACUAUAAUGAACUUAAAUAUCUCAAUUUUAGGAAAAUUCAUUCUAAAAUCACAAUCAAUAGCCGGAGUCGGGUAUCAACAAGUACGGAAUAAAUGGGCUAACUGGCUCAUGAUUCGUGAUGUAAAGCGACGUAGAUUGAGUGCAGAGAACUUUCUUGAAAGGACCAGAGUUAAUGCAUUGCGGAAAAAUGACAUCCUCCCUGUUGAAAUCAGAGAGAUAGCUGACAAGCAAAUCAAUCAGUUUGAAUGGAAUGCCACACCUAUGAGAAUUAACAACAGAUGUGUUAUCACUUCACGACCCAGAGGUAUAGUAAAGGAAUGGCGCAUGAGUCGUAUAGUCUGGAGGCAUCUAGCGGAUUACAACAAACUCUCAGGAGUACAGAGGGCUAUGUGGGGCUGAAAAUCUAAUUUAUUCUAUGAUAGUAGUAAUGUUAUUAAAUUAAAUAUUAAAUGAAAUUUCUUUAUUU